AUGGUUGGUGUGUUGAGUUUCGAGAAACUUUAUUUAGGCAUGACAAGAAUGGUUGAAAGAAGCGUGCUAAAGUAGAUUUUUAGAAUCGUGAGUGGUGAUUCAACAAAAACUUAUGCUUUUAGUUAAAGGAGAGGGCUAGCAGCAGUAAAGUAUCAUAUGUGAAGCGCAAUUUCGGCCUUUUGAUGGAUAUUAAGGAAAACAGUUGGAUAGUCCGUGAUGAACUAUGGCUCCAUUUUUUUUCAAGAAAGAGUAUGAUAGAAAGAUAAAUUUGAUGGGGGUGGUGGGGAGUUGAUAUUGUGCAUGUUGAAUAUCAAUUUUGAUAAUCGACAGAAGAUCCUUGGUCCUAUAUCAAUUACAUUUGGUUUGGUAAAUGAUCAUUUAUGAAAGGUCUAUCACCAUUAGUCUUAGUGAUGUUGUAUAUUUUACAUCUAGCAUCUGUCAUCUGUUCUUUUUCAUGUUUUCUUCGUAAUAUGCUUUGAAAUGUUACGUUACCUGGUUCUUCAUACAUUGUACACAUGCUACCGAAGUCCUUUGUGUGUUAAGAACCAGGGAAUCCUCUGAUAGAAUUGCCUUUUGGAAUUGUUCACCGUCUAAAAGAUAAUUAAAGGAGGGAUCAGAUAGAGGUAAUAUUUACAAAGGACUUUCCGGACAAGGCUUUUAUUGUGGAGUACACUAAUAUCUGGUUCGUGAUCUAACAGACUGUUGUUACUUUACAUGUAGCCUAAUUGUUUCUUAAUAUUUAUUUAUAUGUAGCCUGAAAUAUUUAGUUAAAAUUUCAAUUUCUUAAUUGAUAAUUACUUGUAGAUCAAGCACGUGUUAAUCAACGGCUUAUAUAUUUGAAUUUUCUGUCAUAGUCUGUCUCGAUUAUGGUAGCUGAUUUUUUUUUCUCUUACCACGUGUGUGCUUCUGUUCGUGCAUUUCAGUGAUCGAACAUUAUGUUUUGCAUUGUGUUGGAUGUAGAGUCAUAUGGCUCUCGAGCAUAUUACACUGCUCUUAUAGCACUGCUUGUGGCUGUGUAUAGAUCACAAAAUUAGAGCAUUUUUUGUGGCUAUAAGAGCCAAAACAGUGAUAUAAGACGUGGUUACACGUGUUAAAUAUUUAUACAAAUGGUUAUGCCCUCUUUCCUAAGGAACGUGUAUAUCGUAGUAGUAUUCUAUAUUUUUUAAAACAAUGUAUUUUAUAUCGCUGCUGGACAAAGUGUUUUGUGAAAACCGAUAAAGGUUGCUGUGUAGAGCAUAUUCACAUACGAUUUGCCAUCACAGGGCCUAUUGAUCACUAUCCUUUUAAUAUGUUCCUUAUACCCGUUUUACCUCGUCUUUCCUUGUUCCAGGGGUCUUAUUUCCAAUCCAAAUUUAUGAUCUUAUGGGGCUUGAUGGUGAUAUCAGUUAUGCACCUUGUUUGGGAUUGUAUACUGUCCUGGAUCAUUUUUUGUGUCUGGCGAUUUAUUUAACGGAGCAUGAUGACCCUUUCAACGUUACCGUGUGAUCUACUCCUUUGAUAACCUUAUUAGAUUCUUUUCUCACUUGUUUGGCUGUGACUUGUGGCUCUAGCAUUUUCAUGAGUCCAGUGCGAUGAGAUACAGUUUUUUUCUUUCGCACAUCAAUGCUUUCAUUAGAAAUGGUUUAUGAUAAGUUCUGUAGAAUCCUUUGGUUGUAUGGAGUACUUCAUUUACCUCUCAUUUUCAGAAUGAGUUCUUACUUGUUGGGUUCCUUUUGUUAUCUCCUCUCAGUGGCACGCGGAUUAAGACCCGCAAACGGAACAUAGCGGCUCCCUUGGAUCCUGCAGGAUUCGCUGAUGUACUGGUCCAGAUUUAUGUGGAUAAUGCUGGUGAUCUGGUAUCUGUUCUCAUUUGUCUUUUUAUUUCUUUUCAUAGAAUUAUAUGAUAUUUUAGAUAGUGAUGACGAACUGAUAUUUCAUCUAUUUGAAAAAUGUCUUCUGUUUAUACCUUUUGAAUAAGUAGUUGCUAUUGCGUACCUGACAUUCUGUUGGGAAACAAUAACAGCUGAUUGUUUCAAAUCUCACUUUUUACCUUUCUUUUAUUAUUUAAAUCUUGUUCUCAGCCGAAUAGUCUUGUUUUGUUAGCGUGCUUUUCAUGCUAUAUUUUUAAUGUGAAUUUUCGCUGAUAAAACUAUAGCCCAAUUGUUCUUAGUUAGUUAUGUUGACGUUUUGAUUUUUUGCUCAUCGUGCUCUUCAUUUCUCCUAGGAACUUGUUGCCAAAAGCCUUGAAUCUUCAGAUCUCAACUUCUCCCGCUACGGUGAUACCUUUUUUGAGGUAAAAUUAUGAGUUCGAUCUCUAUUUUUCUCUUGCCGAUUAUCUUCUUGGUAUUCUUUUCCAGUUCAUGGAGAUGCAGCGCGUUUUAAUCUGCUAAGUUUAACUAUUGGCUUUGAUAUUUCCUUUUGCUUUGAAAAAUUCCUCUUUUGAUGUGAAUGUCACUGUUCUAUAUAGAAACUACUGUUUAAAAUUGUUGUGUUCGAGCCGAAAAUCUUACGAUGCACUUGCGUUAUGCAAGAUAUAUUCCCUCUGAUUUUGAUGCCAACCAUUUCGGACACUGGUGUUGUGAUUCUGUUCUUCCUGUAGUUCGUGUUGGCAUGCUUUUCCAUGUGACAUCAUGGCAGGUUAUCUUUUUUUGGUUAUUUUGAUUAUAUAGAUCAAUUAAAGUUUUGAAACAAGAAACCUCCCUUCCCGUCCGAUCUUUCUUAGCUGCUGAUUUGCGUAAAAACAGUUGUUACAGAGAAAAGUGAAGGGUGCAGUUGUCUUAUCUCUGUGGCAAGCUGAAUGUGGUUGACUGGUUGAUGCAAAUAUUUUAUUUGGAGGACGUGGACAUUGCCAAAUUAAGCUAUCCUUGACUGAGGGUGGGGAUUGAAUCCUCACUUGUUGGACAGAAGCAAAAGUUCUAGUGCAGCGGCACCAAAAGAAAGCAGAGGAGCGCAGUCCUUGUAGAGCUCCUCUAAUCUCCAAGGAAAAAAAUAGAUCUAAAAUGUCUCUUAAUGGGCCAGGGAAGUCGAAUUAGCUAAAAUGUCUAAAAUGUAUCUAAAAUGUCUCCUAUUUCUAAAAUGGUAAAAAUUCCAAAAUGAUUUUAGAUAAUUUUAUCUAAAAUGUCUCCCAUUUCUAAAAUGGGAAAAAUUCUAAAAUGAUUUAGAUAAUUUUAUCUAAAAUGUUUCCCAUUUCUAAAAUGGGAAAAACUCUAAAAUGAUUUUGGAUAAUUUUAUCUCAAAUGUCUCCCAUUUCUAAAAUGGGAAAAUUCUAGAAUAAUUUUAGAUAAUUUUAUCUAAAAUGUCUUCCAUCUCAUCUUUCAUAAUCUCCGUUCUUUCAUAAUUUUAAUUAAAUAAUUCUAUACUUUUGUUGCAGGAAGAAAAAAGAAAAUCCUGAGCUUCUGGUUCUUCAUUGAGAGAGGAUUUUAAGGGCUAAUAAACAUGUGAUCAGAGUCGAUGUCAGAAGCAUAUAUUGUCCCAUCAUUCCAUUUUUCAUAUUUUCCAUUUUUCAUAUUUUCAUAUUUUCCAUAUUUAUGAUUCUCGGCCACAAAUAAUGCAACUUUUCCUCAUCUUCCUCGUGUGUAUUCUUCGUGAUGUGGAUCAUCUCGUGUUCUGUUCAGGUCGUCUUCACUGGAGGGCGCACACAGCCUGGCACAAUAAAGGCUGAUGAGGGAGACAGACACACCUACUCUGUUCUAGACUGUGAGCCCAGGCGCGAGUCCAUACUGCCGUCGGUUCUGUACAUCCAGAAAAUCCUGCGCCGGCGGCCUUUCUUGAUUAAAAACCUCGAAAAUGUCAUGCGGAGGUUCUUGCAGUCGUUGGAGCUCUUUGAGGAGAAUGAGAGGAAGAAGCUCGCAAUAUUUACUGCCCUCACCUUCUCCCAGAAGCUGUCUGGGCUCCCACCCGAGACCGUAUUCCAAUCCCUCGUUAAGGAUAAUCUUGUGGCCAAAGGGAUAGUUCUAUCGUUUAUAACCGAUUUUUUCAAGGAGUAUUUGGUUGAUAACAGUCUGGAUGAUCUGAUUUCGCUUCUGAAGAGGGGAAAGAUGGAGGACAACCUGCUCGAUUUCUUCCCACCUGCAAAGCGCACUAGCGAGGCGUUCUCCGAGCAUUUCAUGUGA